UAAUCCAAAACUAAAAAAAAUUGUACAACUUUUUACACUUACUUAAACAUAUAAAAUAAAACAUGACUAUUAAUCAAAUUCGCCAAUUACUAUAUGGAAUGUUUAUUUUGGUUUUAUUUAUCAUUUUUCUUUAUUGUAUUCUUAUAAACAAUUGGCUAGUAAUGAAUAAGACAUACUCGGAACAAUUAUGGUAUAAGAAACAUGAAGCAGUAAUUUCGUUGGAUGAUAUUGAACAGGUAUGUAAAUAAUAAUUUAUGACUAAUUUAUUGGAUAGUUAAUUAAAAUAGUUACUAAUAAAAUUAUAAUUAAUACUUGAAGCUAAAGUUUAAUUAUGAACAUUAUAAUAUAAAUAUUGUAUACCUGUCAGUUACCACCUAUAUGAAAUAAAUUAAUUAAUAAAUGUCUAGCAGAUACAAUAUUACUAAUAAAUUAAAAAAAUAAUAUACAGGAUUUCCCACAAAGAUAUACCCAUUGUAGUAUCCCCAGAGAUAAUAAAGAUAUUCAAAUUCUGUUUUUAUUUUUUUUAUAUUUUACUCAUAUGGACUACAAAUAUUUAUAUUGCAAUUAAUUGUUUAUUUAAUUUUUCAAUUCAUGUUUUUGAAUACAUUUUCAAAGUUCAAAGAAAAAUACGUAUAAUUAUGCAGCAAGCUGUAAUUGUAUUCGCUAACUGAUUAUUAUUAUUACGAUUAAUUGACUGUACACUUCUUUUCUCUAAACUUGAAAAAUGAUUAAAAAUCACGAAUUUAAUGAAAAUAGAAUGUUAAUAGAUCAAAAUGUUUAGAAAAAUAAACUCUAUAAAAUGGUUGGCUAUCUUCAAAUUUUUCAAAAAUAAUAAAAUAAAAAGUUAUAUUUUUAAGUUUUUUUAUGAAAACAUAAAAAUGAAUUGUAUUAUAAAUAUUUGUAGUCAUUAUCCUUGUAAAUAAUAUUAAAAAAACAAGAAUAUUAGAUUAUCUUUGUUAUGUAAGGAGAUAUUACAAUGGGUAUAUCUUCGUUGGAUAUCUGUAUUUAUAGAGUGAUUCAAAAUUUAUGAUACAGCCAUUUUAUGAUGCACAUUUUAAAAGUAGAGAAAAAUGUAAAACAUAAAAGUUUUUCUAUUUAUAAACAUACAUUCUUUUUAGAUUCUGAGUGGAGCGAGGAAUAUAUUGGGUUUGCAAUGAUGUUUAUUUUUAUUUUAUUUUUCUUCUGUAGACAACUUUUCUACCAGCAAUUUUGUUCCGAUUUACAAUGAUAGUGCUUUUUCUGAAAGAAAAUCUGACUAGACUGGUACUUUAAGAAAGUAAUUUUUUGAUUUUCUAAGAAUUUUCCAAUAAAUGGUUAGGUUUAAAUUGUGUUCAACUACUCUCUCCUUACAUAAAAUAAAAAGUGUAAUAUCUCCUAAAGUUAAAAUUUACAAAUUAUUUUAGAUAUUUAAAAAUUGAAUAACUUUUGUAUUAUAUAUUUUUUAUCUAUUUUGAAUAUGUACUUAAUAAAUUUGCAAUAACAUACAUUUUGAAUUAAUCUGUGUACAUACAUUUUGAAUUAAUCUGUGUACAUACAAAAAAUAUACAAGUAGACAACUAUUACGGACGGAACCUUUUUUUGGCCAGUGUAACUUUUCGGCAAUUCUGUAAUAACUGUUUUUGGCUAGUACACCAUUUUGGUUACCAAUAUAAGAUUUUUAAAUUAUUCCAACUGUUCCCAAGUUUUAAAUGUAAGAUUGUAUUAUUAUAUUAAUCAUCAAAUAACACGUUGCACAGAUUGUAUAGAUUUAAACUUUACCGUUUGCGAUAACAUUAUCAGUUUUCUAAAAUAUUAUAUCUACUUGUACGUAUAUACGGAAUUUUUUUAUCUGUUACUAUUGUAACCUAUUUAUAAAUUACUUUGGAACAUAGCAGCGAAUGGUAUACUCAUAUUCAGUGUGUGCCUAUACGUCUUACAAGUUAUAACACUUAAUAUUAUGGCAAAAUGUAUUGAAAGUAAUCGCAGUAAACGAAUAUUAGUAUUCGAAAAUUUAAAACCAGAUAUUAAAUUGGUAGCAUAAAAAUGUUGAACUAUAAUAUUACUUGAUAAGUAAAUGAUUUGAUAUGGUACAAAUGCUCAGCAAAUGUGAUUUAUCUACUAAUUGUAAAAAAAAUAAUUCUUUCAAAACGAGAUCGACACUAAAAUCAUCCACGAUUCACUGUUUGGCCGCUCUUAUUAUACAAUCACAUAUUCCAAAGUCAAUGAGCAAAUUUAAGAGAGUUAAAUUUGUUUAGUGUAUGAUACUUAUCAAAUUAAAUAUUAUAUUACAUCAUUUUGUAUAGAACCCACCAACAUUAGAAUCGCCAGAUAUAAACGUAACACCGAUUCCCGUGAUUAAUUGGAACAAAAUGGCCAAGUCACGUUUACCGUGGUAUUUCCAAGGUAAAUAUCAGUUACGUAUACUUCCGGUAAAAUAAAAAAAUAACAAUACGAUAAACUUUUCAAAGUCUUGUUAAAGAUUAUUAUUCAUUUGUUACAUUUAUUAAUAUUUGAUUUUUAUUAGAUGGCACAAAGGUACCAAAUAAUAUAGAACCGAAACAUAAGACUGGACCUAGAACUUCAAGAAUAUGGCCUGAAGAACAAAAUAAUACUGAUCGCAUAGAGGAACAGCUUAUGUUCGUUCCUCAUAACUAUCAAUAUGAAAAUAGUCCAAUGAAAAAAAUUUUAAUAAACAACAGUUUUAAUGGAUGUAUGAUAAAUGAAGGACAGACUGAAUUUAUUUCAAACGAUUGUCCGGUGGAUAGAUGCUUUAUUACAAAGAACAUAUUAGAAGCUGAAAAUAUGGAUGCGAUUAUUUUCAACGGAAAAUACUCUAAACCAAGUCACAAUAAGACUAGUAAACAAGUAAGAUAACAUGUUUAAAUAAUAAUUACAUCAUAUAAGUAAUAUUUAUAGGCUAUAGGUAGGUACUUGCCUACUUACUUGAAAUAACAGUUUAUCAAGAAUGUUGGAUAUUGAAUAAUAUUUCUAAAUAUUAAAACAAUUGAUCUCGACAGGUAUGGAUUUUACUAAUCACAGAGCCGGCAUACAAAUCGACAUUAAAUGUGGAUCAAGACGUGAUUAAUUGGACUGCUGCAUACAGACACGACAGUGAUAUUUACAUACCCUACGGCCGAUGGGCUUAUUACAAUCCAUCAGUGACUCAAAUCGAACAGUUAGAUCGGAAUUACGCUAGCGCAAAAAAGAAAAAAGUAGCGAUAAUUGUUUCAAAUUGCAGUGAUGCGAAUAAAGAUAGAGUGGAAUAUGUCGGAGAGUUGAAAAACUAUAUAACUGUAGAUGUAUACGGUGAAUGCGGCGAAUUUAAUAAAACGGUCACAUUAGAUGAGUUUUUAAAAAUAUUAGAUCGGGACUACAAAUUUUAUUUGGCUUUCGAAAACGCAAAUUGUGUCGAUUAUAUCACGGAUACAUUUUUUGUCAACGGCCUUCAGUGAGUUAAUUACAUUUUUUAUAAUUAUAAAAUUAUUAAAGGUAGGAAGUUGAUGAAUAAUGAAUGAUGACCUACAAAAUCACCAGAAGAUACCGAAAAAAAAGUGUUUUUGUGACCUAUUGACCUAUAUUAACUAAAAAAAAAUAAAAUAAAACGAAAUAAAAUAUAAUGUCUGUAAAAGUUUCUGUAGUAGGACACCCGAACACCUGUACGGUGUACAUUUAAUUUUACCAAAAACCUUCCUUCAUGUAAAUAAUCAAAAGAAUAUGUUUUAAAAAUGUAAAUAUUCUCUUUGAAAUAUCAAAAUAAUAAAUAAAAAUCACCAAUAAUGUGCCAUAGAAAUAAAAAAUAAAUAAAGUUUAAAAAAAAAUAGCGUUUAUAAUCUUUUUUUUACCACUAAGUACAAUUGAUAAUGAACCUCUUGUCAGAUUUUCAAGCAUUUCUAUUUUGUCCGGUAAUUUUAUUCACAGAGUAGGUACCUACCAAAUAAAAAUUACGUAAACACUCACAAAAUUUAAAUGUCUAUAAAUAGCCGAAAAAUGGCUUAAAUCUUUUAAACAUUUGACCACGUCUAGAAGGCUAACGUAUAAUGCGAGAAUGCGUGCACUCGCGCUUCCUCGCUUCGCAUUUACUUUCGGCCAAUGUGUAACACACAUUGUGUAUACUGCCGGCACAAAACAACGCAAAAGUCAUUAACAUCCCAUCUCUAAUUAUCGAACGUAUUGAUUAACGGUAAACACUCGUGGUGGUUUCGUUAUAAUACAGGUACAACACGUUGCCGGUUGUAAUGGGCGGACGGCCGGAGGACUACCAGCGGAUUGCGCCCGAGCGGUCGUACGUACACGUCGAUGACUUCGAGUCGCCCGCGCGGCUUGCCGAGUACCUGCACCGGUUGGACGCGGACGACGACCUGUACAACGAGUACUUCCGGUGGAAGGGGACCGGCGAAUUUAUCGAUACGAAGUUCUACUGUCGGCUGUGCGCCAUGCUGCACGACGUCGACGCCCCGACCAAACACUACCGGAAUGUCGACGACUGGUGGCGAGGCCCGGGAGUGUGCGGCGAUCGCAAAACCGAGUGGCGGCGUGCCGAGGGGCUGUCGGCGGGAGGCCGCGUAGCAAAUGACGAUCACGAAUAAGCUCCGUUUGAAUCGUCUUCUCUACCCCGGGCUCGACUGCGGGUAUUUAAUAUAAAAGCCGAGUCCUGCAUAAAACGUAUAAUCAAUAAACCGAGCUAAUAAACCAUGUGACCACCUGGCCGAAAUAUAUUAUACGUUUCACGAUUAAAUAACGAUACAUUAAUACGCACAGUUGUUGUAUGAGUUUUCAACGAGGGGGGAAUAUAACCCCUAUCACCCCCCCCCUGUCCGACGUAUUCGGCGUGUCACUGAUUAAACGUGGGUACUUUGAAUAAGUUAAUACAAUAGUGAACUCUAUUCCGAACAACCUUCCUGAAUGCCUCAACAAUGAACGUCCAAAAAUCCUCAACAAGCUAAACUUCUUUAUCGGAUCGAUUAAACUUUAUAUAUUUAACCUCUCAUUGUAUAUUUUAUUAUUUAUAUUGUACUUAAAUAUGGCAACAUAUAACCUCUCUGAUAGUUUUGUAAACGAGACUUUUAUUUUUUAUUGGAAAAAG